AUGAGAGAGGAAGUCCCGCCCGACCGGGGCAAAGGUCAGAGGGCACGGCGACGGCAAAACCGGAGCCCAAAACACUUCCGGUUGAGGGCGGGUAGUGCCCCUGCUGUGCUGAGUCCACCCCCGGAAGUGAGUUGGCUGCUGGAGGUGAAGCUCAGUGUGAUCCGGCCAGGUCUUUGCUCCGUGUCUCAGUGGCUCCUGGGUCAUACAAACGGAGUCUGCGGCUGGUUACGUUCAGCUCGAGGUGGUAACAGGUGAAUGCUCUAAACUACCAACUGAAUGGCACGUUUACAUACGAAGACUCCUUGUGGUUCCUGCAAGACAGAGUGUCAAUGACCCCUGCGGUGAUCAACUUAAGAAGGAAAAAUAUUAAAGGUGUGCAAAGGGUGCGGAGGAGCUGCUGCUCUAUAUAUAGUUCUAUUAAAGAAUGAGGAAUACUUCCUAAAUUUA